UGGCGGAACGUAUACAUUCCUUUUGUCCAAGAUGGCGGAGUUGAAACAGGUUCACUGAUUCUAAAUAUGUUUUUAAACGCGUUUAUCCUUUUUUAAAUUUUUUAUAUCAAAAUACAUGCAAAGUCUUUAACGUCGCGAACAUUAGUUACAAGUUAUUAACGUCCGUUUAUGUGUAACGUCUCCCAAAAGUGAGGAAUUUGCUUACAGAUUGGAUUUUUUUUUUCUGCAGACACUGGCUGGCUAGUUAGCAACAACAAAAAGUUUGGGCACCGUUUGAAAAUGAAGCGACAGGCCGGGAGGGACUCCAGUCCUAGUAGGACUUUAGCGAAACGAAUACGGGAAAGAGAGCGGGACCGGGACGGGUCACGGAGAGAAGACCUGCCGCUCCCACCACUUGCUUUGCUGCUCGCUGAAAGCGGGAGGCAACAUGCUCGGAGUAGGAGCAGGGAACGAGAAAAGACACGGCUUCGGGAGGAGCGUGGAGGCACCGGAGAUCCCCUCCAUCACCGACAACAACACCACGACCUCGAUCUCAUCGGCCGACCCUCUCUCCGGACGACAGCCGUCCUGCCUAAAGGCCAAGCGGCAGCCGAACUACUGGGCCUCCGGGGGGGAACCGGUGGGACUCUGGAAUACAAAUCGUUGCUCAUUAGCAAUCUCGGCUCGGUGCUUGCUGACGAGCACGUUGAAGACGGACUGUUUCACGAGUUUAAAAAGUUUGGGGACGUUAGUGUGAAACUAUCUCACACUCCAGAACUAGGCCGAGUCGCCUACAUCAAUUUCCGGCACCCGGAGGACGCUAAAGAGGCCAGGCAUGCCAAAACCAGGCUAGUACUCUAUGACCGCCCCCUCAAAGUAGAGCCCAUGUACGUCCGGCGGCGCAGCUGCACGCCGCCGGAUAUGGGCUAUGUCCCCAUCCAUGGCGCCCCAUAUCCCUCUUAUAGACAGAGGUCCCUCUCCCCCUGCCCUGGAGUUAGUAGUAUCAGAGAUAUCCGACCACCAAGACAUUACCAUGUAGAGGGACUGGGACUGAGCAGAGAGAGGGAGAGGAUCUUAGAUUACUAUGGGAUGUUAGACGAGAGGGGACGGCCUUACGGGCUGCCUGUACCUGAGCAUGAUGACAUAAAACCUGAGGACGACGCGAGGGCGUGCAGGAACCUGUUCAUCGGCAACCUGGAUCACAACGUCACCGAGGGCGAGCUGAGGAGAGGCUUCGAUAAGUACGGCAUCAUUGAGGAAGUUGUAAUUAAACGACCUGCGCGAGGUCAGGGUGGAGCCUACGCGUUCCUCAAGUUCCAGAACUUAGACAUGGCUCACCGGGCUAAGAUAACCAUGCAGGGUCGCGUGAUUGGCGGGAACCCGGUGAAGAUAGGCUACGGUAAGGCCAACCCUACCACCAGACUCUGGGUAGGCGGGCUGGGACCCAGCAAUUCCCUGGCAGCCCUGGCCAGAGAGUUUGACCGUUUUGGCAGCAUCCGGAACAUACACUAUGCGAAAGGGGAUAGUUUUGCCUACAUUCAGUAUGAGAGCCUAGAUGCCUCUCAGGCUGCAUGCACUCAGAUGAGAGGGUUCCCUCUAGGAGGCCCAGAGAGGAGGCUGAGGGUGGACUUUGCCAAGGCUGAGGAGCCCCUGCCUCGUAGUUACCCAACAGGAUACCAGCCCCCUGUGUCCCAGCCUGCCCACCUGGACCUGCUGAGGCAUCGCGACCGUAGCCUGGAGAGAGAGCUACGCUCCCGGGACCACUCGCCACCCUCCCACGCCCUGUUCACCCAGCGGGAGAGAGAGAGAGCUAUGCUGGACAGGGGGGACAGAGAGUUCAUCUCUCCAACAAAUAGCCUUGAGCGCAGGGGGAGUGAUGCGUUUGGGGUGUCUCGUGGUGGCCGAGGGGACCGGGCAGCCCGGAGCCGAAGCAGAGAGCGCUGGCUGAAGGAGAGAGACGCAGAGCGGGCUGGGGCGGAGAGACGCAGACACAGGUCCCUUUCCCUUGACGGACCCUCUCAGGAGAAGGAGAGAGGCAUGUCCAAGGUGAGAGGAGGAGCAGGGCCAACUUCUCCAGAAGACAGCCCAGACAGAGCCAGGGUCCGGGCCCCAGACUCUACCACCGAGCCCAGGGGACAGAGCCCCGACAGCAGCCGCCACUCCAACGAGGACCGGGCCGGCCAGGACGGCCACGAGACAGCCUCCAGCAGGGACCGACACAAGAAGACUGGCGGGGACAGAGAGAAGGACCGUGACCGCAACCACCGUGCCAGCGACACAAGCCACACCUCAGACACGCUUAAUAAAGACCCCAGAACACCCAGUACGCUGUCGGAGUGUGCCACCACCCUCACCAAAGCCUGGCACGGUCACUUCACCCUGAAGAACUCCUGUUUCCCCACUAACAUGCACCUGUUAGAGGGAGGCUCCGGGUUCUUCCACUCUGUCAUGAAGGACCACCAGGCCAAGGGGAAACUGACCCAGCUGAAGAUCGCCCAGCGACUGAGGAUGGACAAGACCAGGUUGAACGAGGUCACCAGGAGGAUCAAGCAUGGUGGCUCCGAGGGCUACACUGUUCUCCUGGCCCUGCAGGGCCCCGUUGACCGCGAGGCCUCUCCACCUGAACCAGGCCUACAGAUCAGACUCCUCCGUCACCUGGUCACCUACCUGAGGAACAAAGAGGCUGCAGGAGUGAUCAGUCUACCUGUAGGUGGGGCUAAGGAGGGGGGAAAGGGGGGCAUGCUGUACGCCUUCCCCCCAUGUGACUUCUCCCAGCAGUUCCUCCAGAGUGCACACAGGACUUUGGGCAAUCUGGAUGAAGAGCACCUGGUGGUUGUUAUUGUCAAUGACUCUGCCUAACUUAGACAGAAGACACCUCUUUGUGGUGUUGGCUGUCAAUGUUAUUACACCCACGUUAACAGACAGCUGUCAGUAGGGCUGGGAAUUUCCAGGGACCUCAUCAUACUUAGGUGCCGAUACAAUAUGUAUUGUGAUUCUCACGAUUCUAUUAGUAUUGUGAUUCUAUUAGUAUUGUGAUUCUCACG